UUUUGUUGUUGCUUGCUACGUGAAUUGUGUACUAAUGAAAUACAACUCUGCACGGUAUGUUUUUGGGUUGUCGUAUCUAAUCAGCUGUCUUUUGUUUACCUUUUCAUUUCGCAUUUUACUUUUGCCAUUUUCAUUCUGCUGCUGCGUAAAUUUGUUAAUUUUACAAAGAAAUGCAGCAAGGAGAAAAUAUCCAGCCAAAGGCAAAACGUGUGCGACUUAAUCCGACCAAGAAAUGGACAGUGGCGGAAGAAAAGGCACUAGAAGAAUUUUUGAUGGGCAACAGAAAUUUUGAAAAACCAACAGCGCAAUCAUAUUAUAGACGGUUCGCGGAAGAGGCGAACAUCGCUGUAGAGUGGAAGUUGAUACGUGCGAAGGUGAGAAAUAUGAGGUUGAGCUAUAAUAAAGCCAAAGCAUGGGAAGGUUCGACUGGCGCUGGCAGCAUGGAAGGGGAGACAUUAAAAGCUACUUUGCUAAAAAAGUGCACUUGUUACUAUGAACUAGACGAAGUUUUCGGUGGCAGAAUAGUGGAAGCGGCAAUAAUUGAAGAGAGCUUGGACUCUGCCUCGAGCAAUGAUAUUUUUAAUUCAACGAUAAUUGAAAUAGAAGAAGGCUCCACGUCCGCAACCUAUGGAGUGGUGGAAAGUGCAGAGCCGCCAAGUGCAGAGCCGCCAAGUCGCAGAGGCAUAUAUUCGCGGACAGCUGUGUCG